AUGUUAUUAUUAAAAAAUGUUGACGUUUACUUGUUACCACUGUGUAUAUUGCUCGUCGUUGGUCUUCGGGCCACUGCAGGUCAAUUGGUACGGACUAGAUACGAAAAGAACAGGAAACAGGGUGAUCAAAUAUGCCGCCAAAACACAGAAUGUGUUUCUAGGUUGGAAUGUGAUAUACAUUUAGAACCUCAAAAUCAACAAAAAUGUAAAUUGGGAAAUGAAUUACCAAUGGGCUUUUGCUGCCCUGUAAAUAAAAUUAUUCGGCUAAAUGCAGAAAAAAGAUUGACUUAUGAGGAAGAAGAAUCAGACUUGGAUAAAAUUCUAGAUAUACUAGCGCCAGAGCUUAUUAAACCAUUACACGAAGAACCGGAAUGUGGACAAAACACCAAGUCUUUAUCUAACUACUCGAAUGUGCAAAAUGCUAAAGCCAAUGAUUGGCCAUGGAUGGCGGUGUUUUUAGAGACAACAAACUAUAUGAAUUUCUGCGGUGGAGUAUUACUUAAUAGACGAUUCGUGUUGACUGCUGCUCAUUGUUUUAUAAUUUAUACUAAAGAAAAUGUUGUUGUUAGACUUGGUGAAUAUGAUUUUACCACUGACAACGAGACACAAUACAUUGACUACAGUGUAACUUCUAUUAGAUUACAUCCAGACUAUGAUCAUGCUACGCACGCCAAUGACAUCGCCAUAGUGAAGUUGAACAGGCCUACAAUUUACAAUUCGUUUAUUCGACCUAUUUGUUUGCCUAAAACAAACAUGGAAGUGUAUAAUAGAAACGCUGUCGUGGCUGGUUGGGGCCAAACAGUUUUUGGUAGUCAAGUCAGUAACGUUCUCCAAGAAGUGACAAUACCGAUAUGGGAACAUGACAAGUGUGUCUCAGCUUUUUCUCAAUUAAUAUCCAAAACAAAUCUUUGUGCUGCGUCGUAUGAAGGAGGCAAAGAUUCCUGUAAAGGCGAUUCAGGUGGUCCGCUGUUAGUUCAACGACAAGACGGAAAAUGGACUAAUGUUGGAGUAGUGUCUUGGGGCAUUAGUUGUGGAGAAGUCGGAUACCCCGGCGUCUACACAAAAGUCACUUCAUACCUCAAAUGGAUAGCUAAGGAAGCACAAGAUGUAAUUUAA